AUGUCUCAAUCAACAUCAACACUAGAAAGCGUUUCCAUUCUUGGUGCCGGGAAUGAAGCCUCCCGCCGCAUCCUCACCAAGGAUGCCGUAAAGUUCCUUGCCGUUUUGCACUGCAGUUUCGAGACAACUCGCAAAAAUCUUCUAAAGCUCCGCGAACAGCGUCAGAUCGAAACAGACAAGGGACGACUACCGGAUUUCCUUCCAGAAACCAAGCACAUCCGUGAUGACAAGAACUGGAAGGGCGCGGCACCUGCGCCUGGCUUGGUCGAUCGCAGAGUCGAAAUCACCGGGCCUACAGACAGGAAAAUGGUUGUCAACGCGCUCAACUCUGAUGUUUGGGCUUACAUGGCCGAUUUUGAAGAUUCCAAUGGACCCACGUGGGACAACAUGAUCUACGGCCAAGCCAACUUAUACGACGCCAUCCGUCGCCAAGUCGACUUCCGUCUCGGCGAGAAGGAAUACAAACUCAGAACUGACCGUACUCUUCCAACGUUGAUUGCCAGAACGCGCGGCUGGCACUUGGAUGAGAAGCAUUUCACUGUCGACGGGGAGCCCAUGUCUGGUGCCCUUUUCGAUUUCGGACUGUACUUUUUCCACAAUGCCAAAGAGCUCAUUUCUCGUGGAGCUGGACCUUACUUCUAUUUGCCUAAGAUGGAAUCUCAUCUCGAGGCCAGGCUAUGGAACGACGUUUUCAACAUGGCACAGGACUAUAUGGGAAUCCCAAGGGGUACGAUCCGCGCCACUGUUCUGAUUGAGACCAUCAGUGCUGUAUUUGAGAUGGACGAGAUCAUCUACGAACUCAGAGACCACAGCUCUGGCCUCAACUGCGGUAGAUGGGACUACAUUUUCACCUUCCUCAAACGUUUCCGCAAUCGCCCCGGCUUCAUUCUGCCCGAUCGUUCCGACGUCACUAUGACUGUCCCAUUUAUGGAUGCUUACCACAUGUCACAAGCGCGGUGUGCACGCCAUGGGUGGCAUGGCGGCCCUUAUCCCAAGAAAGGACGACCCGCGGCCAAUGCCAAGGCGAUGGACAGUGUCCGCGCCGACAAACUUCGCGAAGUUAAAGCUGGACACGACGGCACAUGGGUUGCCCAUCCUGCGCUGGCUUCUAUCGCAAGUGAGGUCUUCAACGAGCACAUGCCAACUGCGAAUCAGAUAUUUGUUCGUUCGGAAGUAGACGUUAAACGCGAUGACCUUCUAAACCCUGUGGUUCCUGGCAAGAUCACCGACGAUGGCGUGAGGAAGAACCUCCACAUCACUCUUGCCUACAUGGAGGGUUGGCUGCGUGGUGUCGGCUGCAGUGCUAUCAACUACCUAAUGGAGGAUGCUGCUACCGCCGAGGUGUCACGCACACAGCUCUGGCAAUGGGUCCGUCACGGCGUCAGCACCGCCGAGGGCACGAAACUCGACAAGGCGACGAUGCUCAACAUACUUGACGACGUCACAAAAGAACUAAUCAAGGCCGCUCCCGCGAAUAACAAGUUUGAGCUGGCGGCCAAGUAUCUACGGCCGCAAGUGACAGGAGAAGAUUAUGCUAACUUCGUCACUACUCUCCUUUAUGAUGAAAUCACUUCUAUUGGCCCGUCUUGGAAACUUUAG